AUGGCUACAGAUCAAUACCCGAGUUGGCCGCCUGUCAGCAUUCCUGCAGACACACACACGCCGCGCAUUCACGUGCAUCAAACGGUCCCUGCUUGGCCUCCUCGGGACCUGGAGUCGAAUCGGCCGGAGAGUCUCACACCAGGGGGGGCGUCGACACCAGACACCAUUGCCCACUCCCCUCUAGCUUCAUGUGCUGCUGGAGCUCCUUAUACAGACCUCAUCCAAGCCAAGACCCCCUCGGGCAUCGGGGCUGUGAGAUAUGGGGACAGGGUGUGGCAGGUGAGAGACAGAACGUACCUUAUCUCGGAGAAUGACGCUGAGAGAGAAGUCGACUUCCGCUCUGGCUCUGGGACUCUGCGAAAAAAGAAGAAGUCGACGAGAACACUCUGCUACAGACGAGAACACUCUGCUACAGACGAGAACGCUCUGCUACAGACGAGAACGCUCUGCUACAGACGAGAACGCUCUGCUACAGACGAGAACGCUCUGCUACAGACGAGAACGCUCUGCUACAGACGAGAACGCUCUGCUACAGACGAGAACGCUCUGCUACAGACGAGAACGCUCUGCUACAGACGAGAACGCUCUGCUACAGACGAGAACGCUCUGCUACAGACGAGAACGCUCUGCUACAGACGAGACUUGCACACUCUGCUACAGACGAGAACGCUCUGCUACAGACGAGAACGCUCUGCUACAGACGAGAACUCUCUGCUACAGACGAGAACACUCUGCUACAGACGAGAACACUCUGCUACAGACGAGAACACUCUGCUACAGACGAGAACGCUCUGCUACAGACGAGAACGCUCUGCUACAGACGAGAACGCUCUGCUACAGACGAGAACGCUCUGCUACAGACGAGAACACUCUGCUACAGACGAGAACACUCUGCUACAGACGAGAACGCUCUGCUACAGACGAGAACGCUCUGCUACAGACGAGAACGCUCUGCUACAGACGAGAACGCUCUGCUACAGACGAGAACGCUCUGCUACAGACGAGAACACUCUGCUACAGACGAGAACACUCUGCUACAGACGAGAACACUCUGCUACAGACGAGAACACUGUUACAGACGAGAACGCUCUGCUACAGACGAGAACACUCUGCUACAGACGAGAACUCUCUGCUACAGACGAGAACACUCUGCUACAGACGAGAACACUCUGCUACAGACGAGAACACUCUGCUACAGACGAGAACACUGUUACAGACGAGAACGCUCUGCUACAGACGAGAACGCUCUGCUACAGACGAGAACGCUCUGCUACAGACGAGAACGCUCUGCUACAGACGAGAACGCUGCUACAGACGAGAACACUGCUACAGACGAGAACACUGCUACAGACGAGAACACUCUGCUAUAGACUAGAACACUCUGCUACAGACGAGAACACUCUGCUACAGACGAGAACGCUCUGCUACAGACGAGAACACUCUGCUACAGACGAGAACGCUCUGCUACAGACGAGAACGCUCUGCUACAGACGAGAACGCUCUGCUACAGACGAGAACACUGCUACAGACGAGAACACUCUGCUACAGACGAGAACACUCUGCUACAGACGAGAACACUCUGCUACAGACGAGAACACUCUGCUACAGACGAGAACACUCUGCUACAGACGAGAACACUACGAGAACACUCUGCUACAGACGAGAACACUCUGCUACAGACGAGAACACUGUUACAGACGAGAACGCUCUGCUACAGACGAGAACGCUCUGCUACAGACGAGAACGCUCUGCUACAGACGAGAACGCUCUGCUACAGACGAGAACGCUCUGCUACAGACGAGAACGCUCUGCUACAGACGAGAACGCUCUGCUACAGACGAGAACACUGCUACAGACGAGAACACUGCUACAGACGAGAACACUGCUACAGACGAGAACACUCUGCUACAGACGAGAACACUCUGCUACAGACGAGAACACUCUGCUACAGACGAGAACACUGCUACAGACGAGAACACUCUGCUACAGACGAGAACACUCUGCUACAGACGAGAACACUCUGCUACAGACGAGAACACUCUGCUACAGACGAGAACACUCUGCUACAGACGAGAACACUCUGCUACAGACGAGAACACUCUGCUACAGACGAGAACACUCUGCUACAGACGAGAACACUCUGCUACAGACGAGAACACUCUGCUACAGACGAGAACACUGCUACAGACGAGAACACUGCUACAGACGAGAACGCUCUGCUACAGACGAGAACGCUCUGCUACAGACGAGAACGCUCUGCUACAGACGAGAACGCUCUGCUACAGACGAGAACGCUCUGCUACAGACGAGAACGCUCUGCUACAGACGAGAACGCUCUGCUACAGACGAGAACGCUCUGCUACAGACGAGAACACUGCUACAGACGAGAACACUGCUACAGACGAGAACACUGCUACAGACGAGAACACUCUGCUACAGACGAGAACACUCUGCUACAGACGAGAACACUGCUAUAGACGAGAACACUCUGCUACAGACGAGAACACUCUGCUACAGACGAGAACACUGUUACAGACGAGAACGCUCUGCUACAGACGAGAACGCUCUGCUACAGACGAGAACGCUCUGCUACAGACGAGAACGCUCUGCUACAGACGAGAACGCUCUGCUACAGACGAGAACACUCUGCUACAGACGAGAACGCUCUGCUACAGACGAGAACGCUCUGCUACAGACGAGAACGCUCUGCUACAGACGAGAACGCUCUGCUACAGACGAGAACGCUCUGCUACAGACGAGAACGCUCUGCUACAGACGAGAACGCUCUGCUACAGACGAGAACGCUCUGCUACAGACGAGAACUCUCUGCUACAGACGAGAACACUCUGCUACAGACGAGAACACUCUGCUACAGACGAGAACACUCUGCUACAGACGAGAACACUGUUACAGACGAGAACGCUCUGCUACAGACGAGAACGCUCUGCUACAGACGAGAACACUGCUACAGACGAGAACACUGCUACAGACGAGAACACUGCUACAGACGAGAACACUCUGCUACAGACGAGAACACUGCUACAGACCAGAGUGUUCUCGUCUGUAGCAGUGUUCUCGUCUGUAGCAGAGCGCUACAGACGAGCAGAGAACGCUCUGCUAGAGAACGCUCUGCUACAGACGAGAACGCUCUGCUACAGACGAGAACGCUCUGCUACAGACGAGAACGCUCUGCUACAGACGAGAACGCUCUGCUACAGACGAGAACGCUCUGCUACAGACGAGAACGCUCUGCUACAGACGAGAACUCUCUGCUACAGACGAGAACGCUCUGCUACAGACGAGAACGCUCUGCUACAGACGAGAACGCUCUGCUACAGACGAGAACGCUCUGCUACAGACGAGAACUCUCUGCUACAGACGAGAACACUCUGCUACAGACGAGAACACUCUGCUACAGACGAGAACACUCUGCUACAGACGAGAACACUCUGCUACAGACGAGAACGCUCUGCUACAGACGAGAACGCUCUGCUACAGACGAGAACGCUCUGCUACAGACGAGAACGCUCUGCUACAGACGAGAACACUCUGCUACAGACGAGAACGCUCUGCUACAGACGAGAACGCUCUGCUACAGACGAGAACGCUCUGCUACAGACGAGAACGCUCUGCUACAGACGAGAACGCUCUGCUACAGACGAGAACGCUCUGCUACAGACGAGAACACUCUGCUACAGACGAGAACACUCUGCUACAGACGAGAACACUCUGCUACAGACGAGAACACUGUUACAGACGAGAACGCUCUGCUACAGACGAGAACACUCUGCUACAGACGAGAACUCUCUGUACAGACGAGAACACUCUGCUACAGACGAGAACACUCUGCUACAGACGAGAACACUCUGCUACAGACGAGAACACUGUUACAGACGAGAACACUCUGCUACAGACGAGAACGCUCUGCUACAGACGAGAACGCUCUGCUACAGACGAGAACGCUCUGCUACAGACGAGAACGCUGCUACAGACGAGAACACUGCUACAGACGAGAACACUGCUACAGACGAGAACACUCUGCUACAGACGAGAACACUCUGCUACAGACGAGAACGCUCUGCUACAGACGAGAACGCUCUGCUACAGACGAGAACACUCUGCUACAGACGAGAACGCUCUGCUACAGACGAGAACGCUCUGCUACAGACGAGAACGCUCUGCUACAGACGAGAACGCUCUGCUACAGACGAGAACGCUCUGCUACAGACGAGAACACUCUGCUACAGACGAGAACGCUCUGCUACAGACGAGAACGCUCUGCUACAGACGAGAACGCUCUGCUACAGACAAGAACACUCUGCUACAGACGAGAACACUGUUACAGACGAGAACGCUCUGCUACAGACGAGAACACUCUGCUACAGACGAGAACUCUCUGCUACAGACGAGAACACUCUGCUACAGACGAGAACACUCUGCUACAGACGAGAACACUCUGCUACAGACGAGAACACUCUGCUACAGACGAGAACACUCUGCUACAGACGAGAACACUGUUACAGACGAGAACGCUCUGCUACAGACGAGAACGCUCUGCUACAGACGAGAACGCUCUGCUACAGACGAGAACGCUCUGCUACAGACGAGAACGCUCUGCUACAGACGAGAACGCUCUGCUACAGACGAGAACGCUCUGCUACAGACGAGAACACUGCUACAGACGAGAACACUGCUACAGACGAGAACACUGCUACAGACGAGAACACUCUGCUACAGACGAGAACACUCUGCUACAGACGAGAACACUCUGCUACAGACGAGAACACUGCUACAGACGAGAACACUCUGCUACAGACGAGAACACUCUGCUACAGACGAGAACACUCUGCUACAGACGAGAACACUCUGCUACAGACGAGAACACUCUGCUACAGACGAGAACACUCUGCUACAGACGAGAACACUCUGCUACAGACGAGAACACUCUGCUACAGACGAGAACACUCUGCUACAGACGAGAACACUGCUACAGACGAGAACACUGCUACAGACGAGAACGCUCUGCUACAGACGAGAACGCUCUGCUACAGACGAGAACGCUCUGCUACAGACGAGAACGCUCUGCUACAGACGAGAACGCUCUGCUACAGACGAGAACGCUCUGCUACAGACGAGAACGCUCUGCUACAGACGAGAACGCUCUGCUACAGACGAGAACACUGCUACAGACGAGAACACUGCUACAGACGAGAACACUCUGCUACAGACGAGAACACUCUGCUACAGACGAGAACACUGCUACAGACGAGAACACUCUGCUACAGACGAGAACACUCUGCUACAGACGAGAACACUCUGCUACAGACGAGAACGCUCUGCUACAGACGAGAACGCUCUGCUACAGACGAGAACGCUCUGCUACAGACGAGAACGCUCUGCUACAGACGAGAACACUCUGCUACAGACGAGAACACUCUGCUACAGACGAGAACGCUCUGCUACAGACGAGAACGCUCUGCUACAGACGAGAACGCUCUGCUACAGACGAGAACGCUCUGCUACAGACGAGAACGCUCUGCUACAGACGAGAACUCUCUGCUACAGACGAGAACGCUCUGCUACAGACGAGAACGCUCUGCUACAGACGAGAACGCUCUGCUACAGACGAGAACGCUCUGCUACAGACGAGAACGCUCUGCUACAGACGAGAACUCUCUGCUAAAGACGAGAACACUCUGCUACAGACGAGAACACUCUGCUACAGACGAGAACACUGUUACAGACGAGAACGCUCUGCUACAGACGAGAACGCUCUGCUACAGACGAGAACGCUCUGCUACAGACGAGAACUCUCUGCUACAGACGAGAACACUCUGCUACAGACGAGAACACUCUGCUACAGACGAGAACACUCUGCUACAGACGAGAACACUGUUACAGACGAGAACGCUCUGCUACAGACGAGAACGCUCUGCUACAGACGAGAACGCUCUGCUACAGACGAGAACGCUCUGCUACAGACGAGAACGCUCUGCUACAGACGAGAACGCUCUGCUACAGACGAGAACGCUCUGCUACAGACGAGAACGCUCUGCUACAGACGAGAACGCUCUGCUACAGACGAGAACACUGCUACAGACGAGAACACUGCUACAGACGAGAACACUGCUACAGACGAGAACACUGCUACAGACGAGAACACUCUGCUACAGACGAGAACACUGCUACAGACGUAGCAGAGUGUUCUCGUCUGUAGCAGACAGAGUGUUCUCGUCUGUAGCAGUGUUCUCGUCUGUAGCAGAGCGCUACAGACGAGCAGAGAACGCUCUGCUAGAGAACGCUCUGCUACAGACGAGAACGCUCUGCUACAGACGAGAACGCUCUGCUACAGACGAGAACGCUCUGCUACAGACGAGAACGCUCUGCUACAGACGAGAACGCUCUGCUACAGACGAGAACGCUCUGCUACAGACGAGAACGCUCUGCUACAGACGAGAACGCUCUGCUACAGACGAGAACGCUCUGCUACAGACGAGAACUCUCUGCUACAGACGAGAACACUCUGCUACAGACGAGAACACUCUGCUACAGACGAGAACACUCUGCUACAGACGAGAACACUCUGCUACAGACGAGAACGCUCUGCUACAGACGAGAACGCUCUGCUACAGACGAGAACGCUCUGCUACAGACGAGAACGCUCUGCUACAGACGAGAACACUCUGCUACAGACGAGAACGCUCUGCUACAGACGAGAACGCUCUGCUACAGACGAGAACGCUCUGCUACAGACGAGAACGCUCUGCUACAGACGAGAACGCUCUGCUACAGACGAGAACGCUCUGCUACAGACGAGAACGCUCUGCUACAGACGAGAACACUCUGCUACAGACGAGAACACUCUGCUACAGACGAGAACACUCUGCUACAGACGAGAACACUCUGCUACAGACGAGAACACUGUUACAGACGACAACUCUCUGCUACAGACGAGAACACUCUGCUACAGACGAGAACUCUCUGCUACAGACGAGAACACUCUGCUACAGACGAGAACACUCUGCUACAGACGAGAACGCUCUGCUACAGACGAGAACGCUCUGCUACAGACGAGAACGCUCUGCUACAGACGAGAACGCUCUGCUACAGACGAGAACGCUCUGCUACAGACGAGAACGCUCUGCUACAGACGAGAACGCUCUGCUACAGACGAGAACGCUCUGCUACAGACGAGAACACUGCUACAGACGAGAACACUGCUACAGACGAGAACACUGCUACAGACGAGAACACUCUGCUACAGACGAGAACACUCUACUACAGACGAGAACGCUCUGCUACAGACGAGAACACUCUGCUACAGACGAGAACGCUCUGCUACAGACGAGAACGCUCUGCUACAGACGAGAACGCUCUGCUACAGACGAGAACGCUCUGCUACAGACGAGAACGCUCUGCUACAGACGAGAACACUCUGCUACAGACGAGAACGCUCUGCUACAGACGAGAACGCUCUGCUACAGACGAGAACGCUCUGCUACAGACAAGAACGCUCUGCUACAGACGAGAACGCUCUGCUACAGACGAGAACGCUCUGCUACAGACGAGAACACUCUGCUACAGACGAGAACACUCUGCUACAGACGAGAACACUCUGCUACAGACAAGAACACUGUUACAGACGAGAACGCUCUGCUACAGACGAGAACACUCUGCUACAGACGAGAACUCUCUGCUACAGACGAGAACACUCUGCUACAGACGAGAACACUCUGCUACAGACGAGAACACUCUGCUACAGACGAGAACACUGUUACAGACGAGAACGCUCUGCUACAGACGAGAACGCUCUGCUACAGACGAGAACGCUCUGCUACAGACGAGAACGCUCUGCUACAGACGAGAACGCUCUGCUACAGACGAGAACACUGCUACAGACGAGAACACUGCUACAGACGAGAACACUGCUACAGACGAGAACACUCUGCUACAGACGAGAACACUCUGCUACAGACGAGAACACUGCUACAGACGAGAACACUCUGCUACAGACGAGAACACUCUGCUACAGACGAGAACACUCUGCUACAGACGAGAAACACUCUGCUACAGACGAGAACACUCUGCUACAGACGAGAACACUCUGCUACAGACGAGAACACUCUGCUACAGACGAGAACACUCUGCUACAGACGAGAACACUCUGCUACAGACGAGAACACUCUGCUACAGACGAGAACACUCUGCUACAGACGAGAACACUGCUACAGACGAGAACACUGCUACAGACGAGAACACGCUGCUACAGACGAGAACGCUCUGCUACAGACGAGAACGCUCUGCUACAGACGAGAACGCUCUGCUACAGACGAGAACGCUCUGCUACAGACGAGAACGCUCUGCUACAGACGAGAACGCUCUGCUACAGACGAGAACGCUCUGCUACAGACGAGAACGCUCUGCUACAGACGAGAACGCUCUGCUACAGACGAGAACGCUCUGCUACAGACGAGAACGCUCUGCUACAGACGAGAACGCUCUGCUACAGACGAGAACGCUCUGCUACAGACGAGAACGCUCUGCUACAGACGAGAACGCUCUGCUACAGACGAGAACGCUCUGCUACAGACGAGAACUCUCUGCUACAGACGAGAACACUCUGCUACAGACGAGAACACUCUGCUACAGACGAGAACGCUCUGCUACAGACGAGAACGCUCUGCUACAGACGAGAACGCUCUGCUACAGACGAGAACUCUCUGCUACAGACGAGAACACUCUGCUACAGACGAGAACACUCUGCUACAGACGAGAACACUCUGCUACAGACGAGAACACUGUUACAGACGAGAACGCUCUGCUACAGACGAGAACGCUCUGCUACAGACGAGAACGCUCUGCUACAGACGAGAACGCUCUGCUACAGACGAGAACGCUCUGCUACAGACGAGAACGCUCUGCUACAGACGAGAACGCUCUGCUACAGACGAGAACACUGCUACAGACGAGAACACUGCUACAGACGAGAACACUGCUACAGACGAGAACACUCUGCUACAGACGAGAACACUCUGCUACAGACGAGAACACUCUGCUAUAGACGAGAACACUCUGCUACAGACGAGAACACUCUGCUACAGACGAGAACACUCUGCUACAGACGAGAACACUCUGCUACAGACGAGAACACUCUGCUACAGACGAGAACACUCUGCUACAGACGAGAACACUCUGCUACAGACGAGAACACUCUGCUACAGACGAGAACACUCUGCUACAGACGAGAACACUCUGCUACAGACGAGAACACUGCUACAGACGAGAACACUGCUACAGACGAGAACGCUCUGCUACAGACGAGAACGCUCUGCUACAGACGAGAACGCUCUGCUACAGACGAGAACGCUCUGCUACAGACGAGAACGCUCUGCUACAGACGAGAACGCUCUGCUACAGACGAGAGACGAGAACACUCUGCUACAGACGAGAACACUCUGCUACAGACGAGAACACUCUGCUACAGACGAGAACACUCUGCUACAGACGAGAACACUCUGCUACAGACGAGAACACUCUGCUACAGACGAGAACACUCUGCUACAGACGAGAACACUCUGCUACAGACGAGAACACUCUGCUACAGACGAGAACACUCUGCUACAGACGAGAACACUCUGCUACAGACGAGAACACUCUGCUACAGACACUCUGCUACAGACGAGAACACUCUGCUACAGACGAGAACACUCUUAUACAGACGAGAACACUCUGCUACAGACGAGAACACUCUGCUACAGACGAGAACACUCUGCUACAGACGAGAACACUCUGCUACAGACGAGAACACUCUGCUACAGACGAGAACACUCUGCUACAGACGAGAACACUCUGCUACAGACGAGAACACUCUGCUACAGACGAGAACACUCUGCUACAGACGAGAACACUCUGCUACAGACGAGAACACUCUGCUACAGACGAGAACACUCUGCUACAGACGAGAACACUCUGCUACAGACGAGAACACUCUUAUACAGACGAGAACACUCUUAUACAGACGAGAACACACUGCUACAGACGAGAACACUCUGCUACAGACGAGAACACUCUGCUACAGACGAGAACACUCUGCUACAGACGAGAACACUCUGCUACAGACGAGAACGCUCUGCUACAGACGAGAACGCUCUGCUACAGACGAGAACGCUCUGCUACAGACGAGAACACUCUGCUACAGACGAGAACACUCUGCUACAGACGAGAACACUCUGCUACAGACGAGAACACUCUGCUACAGACGAGAACACUGCUACAGACGAGAACGCUCUGCUACAGACGAGAACGCUCUGCUACAGACGAGAACGCUCUGCUACAGACGAGAACCUGCUACAGACGAGAACACUGCUACAGACGAGAACAUGCUACAGACGAGAACACUGCUACAGACGAGAACACUCUGCUACAGACGAGAACACUCUGCUUGCUACAGACGAGAACACUUGCUACAGACGAGAACACUCUGCUACAGACGAGAACACUGCUACAGACGAGAACACUGCUACAGACGAGAACACUCUGCUACAGACGAGAACACUCUGCUACAGACGAGAACACUCUGCUACAGACGAGAACACUCUGCUACAGACGAGAACACUCUGCUACAGACGAGAACACUCUGCUACAGACGAGAACACUGCUACAGACGAGAACACUCUGCUACAGACGAGAACACUCUGCUACAGACGAGAACACUCUGCUACAGACGAGAACACUGCUACAGACGAGAACACUCUGCUACAGACGAGAACACUCUGCUACAGACGAGAACACUCUGCUACAGACGAGAACACUCUGCUACAGACGAGAACACUCUGCUACAGACGAGAACACUCUGCUACAGACGAGAACACUCUGCUACAGACGAGAACACUCUGCUACAGACGAGAACACUCUGCUACAGACGAGAACACUCUGCUACAGACGAGAACACUCUGCUACAGACGAGAACACUCUGCUACAGACGAGAACACUCUGCUACAGACGAGAACACUCUGCUACAGACGAGAACACUCUGCUACAGACGAGAACACUCUGCUACAGACGAGAACACUCUGCUACAGACGAGAACACUCUGCUACAGACGAGAACACUCUGCUACAGACGAGAACACUCUGCUACAGACGAGAACACUCUGCUACAGACGAGAACACUCUGCUACAGACGAGAACACUCUGCUACAGACGAGAACACUCUGCUACAGACGAGAACACUCUGCUACAGACGAGAACACUCUGCUACAGACGAGAACACUCUGCUACAGACGAGAACACUCUGCUACAGACGAGAACACUCUGCUACAGACGAGAACACUCUGCUACAGACGAGAACACUCUGCUACAGACGAGAACACUCUGCUACAGACGAGAACACUCUGCUACAGACGAGAACACUCUGCUACAGACGAGAACACUCUGCUACAGACGAGAACACUCUGCUACAGACGAGAACACUCUGCUACAGACGAGAACACUCUGCUACAGACGAGAACACUCUGCUACAGACGAGAACACUCUGCUACAGACGAGAACACUCUGCUACAGACGAGAACACUCUGCUACAGACGAGAACACUCUGCUACAGACGAGAACACUCUGCUACAGACGAGAACACUCUGCUACAGACGAGAACACUCUGCUACAGACGAGAACACUCUGCUACAGACGAGAACACUCUGCUACAGACGAGAACACUCUGCUACAGACGAGAACACUCUGCUACAGACGAGAACACUCUUAUACAGACGAGAACACUCUGCUACAGACGAGAACACUCUGCUACAGACGAGAACACUCUGCUACAGACGAGAACACUCUGCUACAGACGAGAACACUCUGCUACAGACGAGAACACUCUGCUACAGACGAGAACACUCUGCUACAGACGAGAACACUCUUAUACAGACGAGAACACUCUGCUACAGACGAGAACACUCUUAUACAGACGAGAACACUCUUAUACAGACGAGAACACUGCUACAGACGAGAACACUCUGCUACAGACGAGAACACUCUGCUACAGACGAGAACACUCUGCUACAGACGAGAACACUCUGCUACAGACGAGAACACUCUUAUACAGACGAGAACACUCUGCUACAGACGAGAACACUCUGCUACAGACGAGAACGCUCUGCUACAGACGAGAACGCUCUGCUACAGACGAGAACACUCUGCUACAGACGAGAACACUCUGCUACAGACGAGAACACUCUGCUACAGACGAGAACACUCUGCUACAGACGAGAACACUCUGCUACAGACGAGAACACUCUGCUACAGACGAGAACACUCUGCUACAGACGAGAACACUCUGCUACAGACGAGAACGCUCUGCUACAGACGAGAACGCUCUGCUACAGACGAGAACGCUCUGCUACAGACGAGAACACUCUGCUACAGACGAGAACACUCUGCUACAGACGAGAACACUCUUAUACAGACGAGAACACUCUGCUACAGACGAGAACACUCUGCUACAGACGAGAACACUCUGCUACAGACGAGAACACUCUGCUACAGACGAGAACACUCUGCUACAGACGAGAACACUCUUAUACAGACGAGAACACUCUGCUACAGACGAGAACACUCUGCUACAGACGAGAACGCUCUGCUACAGACGAGAACGCUCUGCUACAGACGAGAACACUCUGCUACAGACAAGAACACUCUGCUACAGACGAGAACACUCUGCUACAGACGAGAACACUCUUAUACAGACGAGAACACUCUGCUACAGACGAGAACACUCUGCUACAGACGAGAACACUCUGCUACAGACGAGAACACUCUGCUACAGACAAGAACACUCUGCUACAGACGACACAGAUCUUUGCUCCACAGGCUCAAAGUUUACAGAGUGGCUCAUCUCGUCUUUCCAUCGCUCUGUUUGUUGGAGCCUUCAGUGACCUCAUGGAUGUAA